AUGGUGCCUUUCCCUGUGCAAGGCACCAUCAAUCCUCUUAUCAAUUUGGCUCACCUCCUCUCUUCACGAGGGGUUUUCAUCACCUUCGUCAACACGGAGUGGAGUCACAAGUGCAUGGCCAAAGCCGCUCAUAAUGAUGAUAAACUCUCCACUUCCACAUUUAAGUUUCUCACCAUUCCAGAUGGGUUGCCGCCAGAUCGUGGCCGUCUCUCCAAUUCUGCCGAGUAUGCAACGGCAGUGCAAAACCUUGGCCCCGUCUUGGAGUAUCAUUUGCUCCGCAGCUUAUCUGACGAAACUCCUCCGUACACUUGCAUUAUAACAGAAACUUUUAUGUCUUGCACUAUGAAGUGGCCAACAGGAUGGGAUUGCCCCGAGUCAUCUUUUGGACAAUUGGAGGAAUCGAAGAGGGCAGACAAAGUGAUUACUUGUUUGCCAGGGAAUCUUCCGCCUUUGUUGCCGACCGAUCUACUUUCCUUUUAUCGCGCUACUGAUACAUCAGACGUUUUAUUUCAGCACUGUCUCCGUGAGUCCCAAUUUCAAAGUAAGGGAGAUUAUGUGCUGGUCAACACGUUCGAUGAGCUGGAGGCUCCCGACACGGUAAGCGCCCUGUCCUGUAAUGGCCGCCCUGCUUUGGCUGUAGGUCCUGUAUUUCUUCCCAAUUUCCUAGAAGGAAGAGAUAUAAACAGGUGGGCAAGUCUGUUGGAGCAGGACGAGAGCUGUCUUAAAUGGCUUGAUGCCCAUCACCCAACUUCUGUGAUAUACGUUUCCUUCGGCAGCAUCGCCGUCAAAUCAAACGAGCAGCUGGAGGAGUUGGCAAGGGGGUUAGAGAAGAGCGAGCACCCCUUUCUGUGGGUUCUGAGAAUGGAUAUUGCGGGAGGCACGCCUGCAACUCUGCCGGAGGGUUUUGAAGAGAGGACAAAAGAUCGAGGACUUAUUGUGAAAUGGGCGCCUCAGGUGAGGGUUUUGAGUCACCCUUCGGUAGGAGGGUUUCUCACCCACUGCGGGUGGAACUCGUGUUUGGAAAGCAUGAGCAUGGGAAUUCCAAUGCUUGGAUGGCCCUAUUUCUGUGACCAGUUUCUUGAUUGCCGCUUCUGCAAGGAUGUGUGGAAGAUUGGCAUUGAUUUGGAAGGCGUGGACGUUGAUGAAAAUGUGGUAGUUACGAGGGAGGAGAUAGAGAAAGGCGUGAGGAGACUGAUGGAGGGUCCAAAAGCGCGGGAGCUUAGAAAAAGAGGAAUGGAGUUGAAGGAGGCUGCAUUUAAAGCGGUUCCGCAGUGA